CAAUGUAUUUCUUUUGGAUAGUUUUCUGGACAUUUAUCAUCUUCGCCUCCAUUCUAGGAUUAGCAAGUUGGCGCUUAUGUCCUCUUAAUACAAGGACUAGGGCUCUGGAUACGAACGUUGAAUUGAAUCAACUGCAAUCAUCGAAUCUUCCGCAAGAGAGGAGGGCUCUGAAUGCCGUUCAACUGGAGAAGGGCUCCGAAUGCCAUUCAACUGGACGAUGGCUCAGAGUGCCGUUUAACUUGAGGAGGGCUCCAAAUGCCGUUCAACUGUAUCAACUUCAAUCAUCGAAUAGACCCCAAGGACGAAAGUACGACAUGCAAGUGGACAUACAUAACGCAGAGGCCAAAGAGGAGGAAAAUGACGACAACGAUGUGGGCAAUUCCUUAGACUUCGUAAUUUUGAAGAAUUUCAGUCAAGGGGAGAAAAACAAAUAAUACGUAAACGAAGAUUUCUAUAUUAUAGUUAAAUAUAGUACACAUAGAGGAAUUGCGAACAAAGGCCAUGUUAUAUAGCGCUUGAUUUCUGUGAGUGCCAAUUGUCCAAUGCCCUUACGCACAUGUACAUGUUAGUUUUGAAAAUAUUAACACUUACAUCCAUCAAAAGGCAUGCUUUAUAAAAAUAAACGUCCAAGAAAUAAACUUCUUGAUUUGAGCAUUUCCGGGACAAAGCUGUAACGCACAAAAGAAGGACGAUAUUAUUUUACAUGCCGUCAAUGCCUGUUUAUGGUAUUCGUAAAUAUUGUAUUUGUAUAUGAGGAUGGGAAAUUUUUCAGUUUGUUGUCUUUUUAAUAAAAUGAUAUAAUAUUCUGAAGAAAUUGUUCGCUUCAAAUGAUUAUCUGGUGAUAAUGUCAAACACGUUUAUUUGCUCGGCACGAUUACAUGUACCACUAGCCAAUGUUAAUGGUUCAGGUUUUUAAAAUCUCUGUAAAUAAACUUAUAACAGUACAUUUUCUAUCAUUAGUCUAUGAACAUUUGUAAAUGCAAUUAGCGAGCCUCUGCGAGAAUGACUACGAAAUUAAUGGAAUAAGAUAUGACGAGUUGUAGUUGAUAAAGCUUUUAAAGACUUUUACGUCAAUUGGUGAUUAAUUUAUCAUUUCGCUAAAACGGCAUCAUGAUCUUCGUUAUUCAAACAAUAAGUAUCCUAUUAAAACACUAACUAUUAUCUUACAUAUGCUAUAAAAAAAUCAAAUCACAACAUUUUUGUGAUGUUCGUUUUGCACAAGAAACUAACACAAGUUUUUUUUGACUAUUAAUGUUAUUUAAACAGCAAUUUCAAAAUACGAUGUUAUUGUUUCUAUAUAUUCCUUUAUUUUAACUAUUUAACCAUGGUUAUUUAUGAUUUAUUAAUGUAAAGUUAUGUUAUACACUUAUAAAAUCUACAUUUUUCCCAUGUAUAUUUCUGAGAAAAGAAUGUUAUUUUUUAUCGUUAUUUUAUUCCUGAGGUUAAUGAUGAAUUGUGUACUGUAAUUUUAUGAACACUCAAAUAUUCUAGCAAUUAAAGUGUAUUUUUUCCCUAUUUGAAUAUUCUCGCCACUAUACUGUUAUAUAUUAUAUAGCUUUUUUCCUAUUUAAAUAUUCUAGCCCUUAAAGUGUAUUAUAUUAUAUAGUUGUUCUCCUAUUUUAAUAGUGUAACCAUUAUAUUGUAUUAUAUCAUAAAGCGUUAUGUCUAAAUGAAUGAGUUGAUUUUAUAAUAUUUUCAUACGUAUUGUGUUACUUAUUAUUAUUAUUAUCAACUUAUGUUAUGCGAAUAUUUGUUACAUUUCAAACGGCCUUUUCCGUAGAUAGAUGAAUAGUUUCCAUAUUUUAACAAUUAUUCCAAAAAUGGUAUUACAGUAUAUAUAAAAAAAGCUAUUCAAUAUAGACAGUAUAAUAUUUUUGCAAUUUAUAUCACGAGGAAGGAAAGUUUCAUCCAUGAACCUUAAAGGAUCAUUAGCUUUUCACCAUUGUGUUGUCUCACAGUUUUGCAUUUAUUCUGUAUCUCUAAUAUACUAUUUAGAUAUUGGUAGAACUUAUUUCUAGUUCUAGUUACAUUUAUGUAUGUUAUGUUUUAUUAAGCAGUGUAACCAUGGUUUGCUGGCAGCAUUUCUUCUGACAUAAUAACAAGUUAGUGGUUGAGCAUAAAAUAGACUUUUGGUUUAUUUGUUGAUGAACAUCAAUUUUAAAUGCAAUUGAAGCAAUCUAACGAAGCAACCAUGUCUGGAAAAUAUUGUUCAAAUUAUUCUCCUGAUUAAUAUUGAAAAACAAUAUUUGUACGAAUAUGAACCUUUGGUUUCUGUAUAAAGUAUCGUAAACACCCUGUAUUCAGUCUUUAGCUUAUAAUUUGUGUCAGAUUUGUGGAGUAUCAUAAUACGAAUAUGAACGUUUGGUUUCUGUAUAAAGUAUCGUUAACACCAUGUUUUCAGUCUCUAGCUUAUAAUUUGUGUCAGUUUUGUGGAGUAUCAUAAUACGAAUAUGAAUGCUUGGUUUCUGUAUAAAAUAUCGUAAACACCAUGUUUUCAGUCUCUAGCUUAUAGUUUGUGUCAGAUUUGUGGAGUAUCAUUAUUAAUGUUUUGCAAUGUUUUUUUUUAAACACAUGUUUAAAUUCUUAAUAACCAUACUAUAAUAACAUAAAGCAUGAAUGUCUCGCUUCGUAAAUUCAACGAUUGUGUUUUUGCGCAUUUCGUAUUCCGAAAUAUAUUGAAAGAGACGUAAGUGAACGUAAUUAUAAUAUGAACCAUUAACGUGUGAAGCAUUUGAAAACGUGAUUAGAAAACAUUAUUCAUUUAAAAACAAGUUCCAAAAACGUAUAUUUAUA